GGCGGUGUGACGUCAGCUUCAGCACCGGACAGCUCAUUCCCCCUUUUCUCCUCAGCUUGAUCGACGAGGCCCCGUUUGCCCGAUGGGACUCAUUUUGACUCGGCUGCACUCACGCGGGCUCCUUAGAAAAAAAGGGGAGAAGGCAAGCAGAGAAGAUACACAGAGAGAAACGACGCUGCAGCCGGGAUCUGAGUAGAGAAAAAAAAAUCUAAUCCCACCCCUCACUUGACAACGCGACAACACCAAGCUCGUGAGAUACGGUAUUUUGACAUCAAACACCAGUGUUUUAGCCCUUUCGUGUCAACAAUAAGGGCUCCAAAUUUUGGGGUUUCUUAGAUGAGUGUGGCUGCCCAUGGCUUGUGUCCAUGAGCAGUGUCCCUCCCCCUCCCUAUCGGGAUUCAGUACCCCAAUUUCUGACACUCCAUUUAGACGGCCAGACUCUGAUGUGGCUGCAUGUACCCCGGAUACUGAACUCACCCCCACACAGUGUGUCCUGCGCAACGUAUUGUCCAUUGAUCCUGUCGGGGAUGGGACCCACACACGAGGCAACACUCCCACUCCUAGUGAUGACCCUGCACAGUUCUCCAACAGUGUGCUAAAGCUGCAUGAAGGUGGAGCUGAAGGGGGAGCUAUGCGCAACCAGUCGGAGAGCUUCAGGCUGCAGGCAGGUGGAGGAGGCUUUCUGGAGGGACUUUUUGGUUGCCUGAAGCCGGUGUGGACCAUGAUUGGCAAAGCAUACUCAACUGAAAAUAAGCAGAGCCAGGAAGAGUCCUGGGAGGUGCCCUUUGAGGAGAUCUCAGAGCUCCAGUGGGUGGGCAGUGGGGCUCAGGGAGCAGUGUUCCUGGGCAAGUUCCAUGGUGAAGAAGUGGCCGUGAAGAAAGUAAGAGACAUCAAGGAAACCGAGAUCAAGCACCUGCGUAAGCUUAAGCACCCCAACAUCAUCACAUUCAAGGGUGUGUGCACACAAGCUCCAUGUUACUGCAUUAUCAUGGAGUACUGUGCACAGGGGCAGCUGUAUGAGGUUUUACGAGCAGGGAGAAAGAUCACACCAUCACUGCUUGUUGACUGGGCCAUGGGUAUUGCAGGUGGCAUGAACUACCUUCACCUGCACAAGAUCAUUCACAGAGACCUCAAAUCACCCAAUAUGCUGAUUACCCAUGAUGACCUAGUGAAGAUCUCAGAUUUUGGCACAUCAAAGGAGUUGAGAGAUAAAAGCACAAAAAUGUCCUUCGCCGGCACCGUGGCUUGGAUGGCACCAGAAGUUAUAAGAAAUGAACCUGUCUCAGAGAAAGUGGAUAUAUGGUCAUUUGGGGUGGUUCUCUGGGAGAUGCUUACAGGUGAAAUCCCCUACAAAGAUGUGGACUCUUCAGCUAUUAUCUGGGGAGUGGGCAACAACAGCUUGCAGCUGCCUCUGCCAGAAAGCUGCCCUGACGGCUUUAAGAUCCUCUUAAAACAAUGCUGGAAUUGCAAGCCCAGAAAUAGGCCAUCAUUCAGACAGAUUCUGCUGCACCUGGACAUUGCCUCAGCUGAUGUGCUAUCCACACCACAGGAGACCUACUUCAAAUCACAGGCUGAAUGGCGUGAGGAGGUCAAACAGCAUUUUGAGAAGAUCAAGUCUGAGGGAACAUGUCUGCACCGGCUAGAUGAAGAGCUCAUUAACCGUCGCCGUGAAGAGCUCAGACAUGCCCUUGACAUCAGAGAGCAUUAUGAGAGGAAGCUGGAAAGAGCCAACAACCUUUAUAUGGAACUGAGUGCUGUUAUGCUACAGCUAGAGCUGAAAGAAAAAGAACUGCUUAGAAGGGAGCAAUGCCUGGAUAAGAAAUAUCCUGGGCUGUUCAAACACCAUCCUUCAAACACAGUGGAUAAACUCAUUAAGAAGAGGAAUGUACCCCAAAAGCUUCCAUCGCAUGGCAAGAGACCUGACCUCCUAAGAUCAGAGGUCAUCCUCCCUAAAAUGGACCCUGGUGUGGUGCAAGUGACAGUUCCUUCUUGUGCUAAUCGGACCUCCACUUCACCAAGUCGUGCCCGGAGGGUUAAAACACGGCAUCGCAGGGGGGGGCGAGGAAGCAGUGGUGAUCUCUCGGGGCCCAAACACUCCGCUGGUACCUCCACAAGAGAGAGAGAAGCGGCGCCCAGUGCAGUGCCCAUUGGUUCUCCAGCAACCGAUCAGACAGUGGGCACUGCUUCAAGAGGAAGCCAGCUGGAAACACCCCCACUUAAACUGUCCUCCUCCAGCCCAGACCUGCUUUGCUCCACCCAUGGAGCUGAGGGUGGAGCCAGUGGUGGGGCUGGAAGUCUAAGCGUGUGUGAAGGGCUUGUUAGCGGAGUCCGAGGUGUGGCUGAAGCCGCUGUGGGAUUGGAUGAAACUCCGCCACGAAGCGACACAGCAAGUGAGGAUGCUGCAUCGCUCCCAUUCUCAAGCAGUCCAGAUUCACCCUGUUGCGCAAGAGGUGUGGCUGUGGGACGGGGACACUCUCUUGGGGAGGAAAGGGAGGAAGGAGCUGGGGCAGUGCGAUUGCCAAGGGGAGCCAGUGGCAGUCAUUUGACUCCAUCAGCUAUACUUUACAGAGCAGCUAUUACCCGCAAGCAGCGCCGUGGCGUGUCUUCAGAGGAAGAGGAAGGAGAAGUAGAUAGUGAAGUGGAACUGCCAAGGAGACGACGGCCAACUAGUAUAUCCAAGUGCCAGUCGGUGUCCACCUUCAGCUCAGAGAAUUUGUCUGUCUCGGAUGGAGAGGAAGGCCAUACCACUGACCACUCUCACAGCGGCACACCAGAUGUGGUCAGCACUAAUACAGAUGAACGGCUGGACGAUCGAAGUGAUGAUCUCAUCUCACAGGGCUCUGAGAUCCCCGCUGACAUCACAGACCCUGCAAUCUCAGAGAGGGAGGCUGCUGCUCUUGAACAGGAGAGAGCAAAUUUUGAUCUGGAACAAAACAUUUUAGAGACCCGGGCGUUGUGUGAAGAUUCAGAUUGUGACAGUGCUGAGCUCGACCAAUCGGGGAGUGGAGAACCAAGUCGCCCCCCAAGUGCAGGAGGCUGGGGUCAGGGUCCUCAGAACUAACAAACAUGUGCAUACAAAAACACCCAGCCCUGUGCAUUUGUAAAUAUUGUAUAUAUAUAUUCACCACAACACCUACCAGCACACUUCCUCAUUUGUAGUAUCACUAAAACACCUGAUACACCAGACAUACACUUUUACACAAACACCAUGAAAUUGCCUAUAUUUGGGCCUGUAACAAACUGGUGAUGCAGAAUCAAUUAAUUAAAGAAAAAAAAGCAAAUAUUAGCCAUUUUAAGAACAUACUUUUACAAGCUUGUCAUGAUGUCAAUGAGAUUCCAAAGACCAGGGCCCCAUUCUUUGUACAUGGCUCACAUAUCAAUUAGAAUUUGGAAUAAUUUGAAAUAAUCUGAAAAAUUUUAAUUUGGUUACUCAAAGCAAGUUCAAGGUUACAGGUGUUCCUUCCGUUUACUAAUCAGCUCCAACACAUACUCAUAAAGCUUGAAAUAAAUUACAGUCUUAUCUGUAGUUGUACUUACAUAUACCUAUUAUACUUGAACUCAUUUAUGUCUUCAACAAAAAUAGGGCUACACACUUUUCCAUAGAUAAUGAUUAUGAAAGGUGCUGACUCUUAUUAUCUGGAGGCAUUAUAAUAACACAUACUGUCAUCGUCAUAUCUACAUCCCCUAUACAUGUCUAUUCCUGUCUGAAAUAAUUACUGCUUCAUUUCAACCACUGAGAUUUGAUAGUGAUCUAAGGUUACUCUGUGGGAUUGGUGUGGGAAUUAAAGAGUGCAGGAAGGAAUGUUUGAAACUAAGCAGGCAAGAACAAGCAAAGCAAAUAAUAUAUUAGAGUUAUAGAACAAAACAAAGUGUUCCAUGCAGAAUACACCUUUAUUAGCUAGAAAUAUCAAUGCUUUUUACCAGGAGUGGCAAAAAUUUUUUUUAGCUCACUCACUACAACACGCACAUAAACACAAAUAAUCCUAUUUAGCAUCUGUUUCCAAGUCUUCAACAUAUAUCCCUCACCGUCUCUGACUUUGGGCCUCAUUUAUGAAUCAUUUAAAGUUGUGUGUAUAAGUUCUUGUAUGCCAAACUAAAAAAAUCCUGUCAGAGUUACAAAAGUUUUGGUAACGCUGAUUUUCUUUUGCUGUUCAUGUCCGCAUGCAUAAUUACCCUUAAAUUACUAUGCCUGCUGCCAACACAGCUGAGUUAUGUCCACAAAACCUGAUGAAAGGCAAAGCUCAUAGAGAGCUGAAUGACAAAAUGACCAAAUGUGAAAAGAGCACCUCUGUCCUAUAAUGCAGCUCAGCCAAGGCAGCACCUUCUAUAGACACACACUUCCUCUUCUCUUAGGGUAGCAUUACUUUCGUUCUAAUUGACUGGUUUAUCUCAUUUGAAAUUCAUUUAUUUUUUUUGACUUUCAUUAAGGUAAUAUAAAACAAGUGAGUUUCACAGAAUUUCGUGCAAUUGACAUAAAUUGUCUAUUUAAACUAUUUAAACUAUACAGCAUAAUCCAUACAAAAAAAAAAACUCACUCCAACUUAAUCAAGGUACACAGUAGUCUCCUUACACAAAUUCUAAUGUUUUUCCAAACUGGACUUUCGGUGAUAUCACUUUGCUAGUGUAAAUGCAAACUAUUUUCAAGUGAAAUGCUUGCAUGCACAUUAAUAAAUGAGGCCCAAUGUUUCUUUAAAUGAAAACUUCCAUCAGAGUUCUGGACUACAGUUCUAUCUUUAAUGAGUGGAUCAGCAGGAGGUAGUUAUUCAGUUAAGUUGUAGUUAUUCCUAGCAGAAAUAUUGUUUUAGUUUGCUAGGCAAUGCACUAAUUACUGCUCUAAAUAAAAGAGAUUAUCAUUGCAGCACCCCACAAUUGAACUGUGUUCACAUGAACACUACAUUUAAUACUGAACUGUCCUUACAUCUUGGCUUUGUUGAUAUCAUCUUUGCCAGUUAUUGUCCAAUUGGAAUGUCAGAAUAUUCUAGUUCUUGUGCUAUUGCAGUUGAAUCAUCCAGUAUACAAUUAUUUCAAAUAAAUUGCUCUGAAAAAUGAAAGAGCUAAAAAAAAAAAAAAAACCCUUGAGGCUGAACAAUUCUCUGUCUGAGUAGUGCUGUAUUGUUUGUCAAUAUUAUUUUGUUUGCUUUUUUCCUUUAGCAUUUAGAACAGUUGGAUUGAAUGCGGAUGCAAGAAAUGACCUUUGCUAUUGUCAGCUACCUUAUGUCUAAAUUUUUUUUAGAUGCUUAACCUAACCCAGUAAUGUUUUAUUCAUAGAACACACUAACAUGGCUAGCUACUUUUUUUUUUUACUUUUUACUUUUCACAGCACACAUGAUAACAAUUUUGUCCAAGUGUAGGCUAGGAGUUAGACAAGUCAUCAGCACAGCUACUGCUUGUUUCAUGAGUUGAGUAGGCCUUGAUUUUUUAUUUCUGCUGUAAAGCAGUAUUUAUGGUUUAUAGAUUGGAGUUGUUUUAGAUUCUUAGAUAUUAGAUGGCCCUAGUAUCUCAAAUUUUCCUCUAGAAUUCCUUUCUGGUCAUGUGCUUCCAUUAUAGUUGUCAAAAUUAUUUGUAAUAUGCUUUUCCUAACACAGCUCUAAACUUAACCCUAGCCUAACCUUAACAUAGAUAUAGCAAUGUACAAAACUUUUAUGUUAAGUUACAGUUUCACGCUAGUAUUUUUGACCCGUUCCACUAGAGGGAAAAAGCAAAGCACACUUUAGGCUAUAAGAUUUAUGGAACCUCCGUCAUAUUCAUAUAGGACUAAAGCUCUUGCUUUUGUCAUUUCUAAAGCAGAGUUCUUUGCCAGUUUUCUGAAUGAUACUAACUGAGACAGCAUGAGAGAUUUUCAAAGUUUAAAAAAUUUUGCCCUUGACUUGUCUUUGUGAAUUCACAUGAAUUUUGACAUGAAAUAUGAAUUUCUUACAUGAUAUAUGCUUAUGAUAGAAAAGCAUGGCUUAUCACGAACAAUCUAUAAAGAAUGGGGCCCAGGAAAUUGCCACGGAAAAUUUACAGAUAUUUAGAACACAUUUUUUGAAUGAAAUUUAAAUAAAAAUAGAUAAUUUGGGAAUUGAGGAUUGGAUUUAUUCACAACAAGAUGGUAUUGGUAUCUGGCCAACUAACUAAUGAUAGACAGGAAACAUGGCAAAUCUAAUACAAGAAUGCAAGCAUGAUAACGUUCACCAAACUGAAUCAACAUUCAGUUAAUCACUGAAUCACUUAAGUGUCAUUUCAGAAUCUUAACUAAGGAGCAACAUUGAAUUAACAUUCAGAUAUUUUUCAUCUUCGUAUUGCCUCCUGAUCUUAAGAUUUUUUUCCUUUAAUAGGGACAUGCAAUAUGUACAUUACAAAUAUUCGGAAGAUGACACUUUUAUUUUCUGUACUUCCUGUAAAAAAAACCAUGGUGUAAAACAAAACAAAAAAUUUUUUGGAUGUAUGAGGAUUUUAACUUCAUAGUUUUGAGAGGUAUAAUGAACAAAAUGCAUGAAGUCUGUUUGUAAGCGAUUUCAUUUUGAAUUCAUUGUUUUUAUAAAUUUAAGAGAAAUCUUUCCUUUUUUUUUUACCUUGAAUGUGUGUAAUAGCCUUGUGUUGCUUGUAGGCACUUUAUAUAAUAGAAUGUUAAUGUCCACUAACUUAUCACCUUCUCAUGACACUAAAAUUAAUGUUUAGUGACAGAUGGGUUUAGGUCAGGAGCAAAGGAUGUAGAUCAAAAAAAUGCAGAAUGUGUGUAGCUUUUGUAGAAUAUCCUUUGAAUAUGUUUCAAGUCAGCACAACAUAUGGGGGACUGUCAUGAGUUUUUCCUUUAGAAAUAAUUCCACCUCCUGGAGUUGUACCGUCAUACAAAGUUCUUUUCCAAGCUUAUCUAACACACCUGACUCAGUUAAUCAGGGUCUUCUGAAGAUGUAGUGAGAGCAGAGGAUUAGAUAUUCGGGCUAAAUGGUGUAGGACGGUAGUACGUUGGGAGUUGGAUUAUUAACAACUAACUGUUCAAAAGCCACCAUGUACAAAGUGUUCCAUAAAAUGUGACUCCAAGGUCCAAUCAGGAAAAUGGAAACAAAAUUAAGAACAAUUGUGAUUUGAUGAUGUCUGUUAUCCUAGGGUCAAAUCAGUCUAAAACCUUUUUUUCUUCUUUUUUUCAAUGAAAAAUUCUCCUUGUAUUGAUUUAAAGAUACAAACAAAAACAUUUAGGAGGAUUUUUCUUUUCCAGAUUGGAGCUAUGAACAAAACAAACAAACAAAAAGAUGUGUUGGUCACUGUCAUAUUUAUUUUACUCAUUGAUUAUUAAUUAAUUAAUUAAUUUGUUUGUUUGUUUGUUUGUUUGUUAUAUAAAAUAAUACUUUUUUUAUUAUAUAAAAAAAAACUUUUUUUCCCACAAAGUCCUGAGAUUCUGUGCAGAUAUCUAUCCACUCUAAUAAGCACUUGAUUUGAUCCUGGAUAACCAUCUUUGGUUUAAAAAAAGGAAGAAAAUCACUUAGAUAAUAACUAGACAUCAGGCAAAACUUUAUAUCUACUUCAGGUGGUAUGGGUGCUGAACUUAGGUUUGAUGAGAAUCCUUUUUCUCAAGCUUGUUUUAACUCAGUAAUCAUGUUGACCAAUGUACAUAUAUAGCGAAAAUAAUAUUUAAGUGACAUUAUUGAUGUAAAUGCAGAUAUAUUAAUAAAUCACUAUGGGGCAGUUUUCUUGGCA